CGACCAUCGCCUGACCACAUUGGACUUAAAAGAAGCAACACCCAAGACAAAACUCGCGUGAUACGAUUUAAUUUAAUCUAAUUUAACUUAAAAACAACAAACUAAAAUGAAAGCCAUCAGCCCCGUUCGGUCCUUCCGGAAAAACACCGCCGCCUUGUCGGAGCACUCGCUGGGUCUGUCGCGGAGCAAGACCCCGGUGGACGACCCGCUCAGCCUGCUGUACAACAUGAACGACUGCUACUCCAAGCUCAAGGAGCUGGUGCCCAGCAUCCCGCAGAACAAGAACGUCAGCAAGAUGGAAAUCCUGCAGCACGUCAUCGACUACAUCCUGGACCUGCAGAUCGCGCUCGACUCCAACGUCGCGCUGGGGUCGAACCUGCAUCACCCCGCGCGGCCGGGCCAGGGGGCGCCUCCUCCGGCUGCAUCCAGGACCCCGCUGACCACCCUCAACACGGACAUCAGCAUCCUCUCGCUCCAGUCUCCCGAGUUGCCAUCCGAGCUGACGACAGAUGACAGCCGGACUCUGCAUCGCUAAAGGCGGUGUUUGGUCAAGACGCGUUAAAAAAAAGAAAAAAGAGAAUCUCACAGGACCUGGGGAGCAUGUAGGGGUUCCCCCACCCCCUUCCUUCAGGAAAAAAAAAAAAAAAAAAAAAGUCAAAAAACAACAACAAAAAUCCAUCCAACAACCUCUGUCCUCCUCCAGGCCUGCUGGAUUAUUUUUCCUCCUUCCAUCAUGAGACUUUCUUCUUACUAUGGGACAAUCUUUAUGAUGUGAUGUGCUUUUUAUUUUUUUGGCAUUAUUAUUAUUUAACUUAAAAGAUUUUUUUUAUUAUUUGUGAGUCCUUUCUGGAAAUGGAAGGCACGUUAUAUUCCCAGUUGUGGGAGGAAAAAUGAGAUUGUCAUGAAGAUGAUUAUUAUUGCUAUUCCCCGUUCAUUCCUCCUCUUAUUCUCCCUUUGUUGAAGUCUUCGCUUUUUUGCGGAGGUGGGAACUUGGUUAUUUACUGUUAAAAAAAUGAAAAGAAAAAAAAGUUUAAUCUUGUCUUGGCAGGAUUGUUGGCACAUGAAGGACUCGAUGUUGUUUAAAGAAGGAAACUGAAAAUGAAUGACACCUUGUGAACUCUCCUCGGGAGUCGAUCUUGUAUAGUUGCAGGUGUUUCUGCAAAAAAAGUGUAAUGUUGUACUUAUGCUGAAACUUUUUAUAAAAGUAAUGUAAAUUGUACCUUUUUUUUAUACAAAAUAAAUCAAAAAAAUAAACUCAA